CAGCAGCCCUCUCCCUCCCUCCCUCCCGCCCGCCCCCACUAGUCAAUACUGAGCACAAUACGCCACCCACCACCCCUCCAUCAAAGAAAAGGGCGGCAGGCCGGGGGAGGGGAAGGGGCUGAGCAUCAGAGCAUGACGUCGGGAGCGGCGGCGGUGGGAGGCCUCGGGCGGACGCCGACAUGGAAGGAGCGGGAGAACAACAAGCGCCGGGAGCGCCGGCGGAGGGCCAUCGCCGCCAAGAUCUUCACGGGCCUCCGCGCGCUCGGCAACUACAAGCUGCCCAAGCACUGCGACAACAACGAGGUGCUCAAGGCGCUGUGCCGCGAGGCGGGGUGGGUCGUCGAGGACGACGGCACCACCUACCGAAAGGGAUGCAAGCCGCCGCCAGGGAUGAUGAGCCCGUGCUCGUCCUCGCAGCUGCUGAGCGCGCCGUCCUCGAGCUUCCCGAGCCCGGUGCCGUCCUACCACGCCAGCCCGGCGUCGUCGAGCUUCCCGAGCCCGACGCGCCUCGACCACGGCAGCGGCAGCAACAGCCACACCCCCGGCCCCGCCGCCGCAGCAGCCGCAGCGGCGGCGGCGGCCUCCUCCCUGCUCCCGUUCCUCCGGGGCCUGCCGCCGCUCCGCGUCUCCAGCAGCGCGCCCGUGACGCCGCCGCUCUCGUCGCCCACGGCGGCGUCGCGGCCGCCCGCCAAGGUCCGCAAGCCCGACUGGGACGCCGCCGCCGCCGCCGACCCGUUCCGCCACCCCUUCUUCGCGGUGUCCGCCCCCGCCAGCCCGACCCGCGCGCGCCGGCGCGAAGAGCACCCGGACACCAUCCCCGAGUGCGACGAGUCCGACGUCUGCUGCUCCGCGGUGGCGGACUCCGGCCGCUGGAUCAGCUUCCAGAUCGGGGCGGCCACCACGGCGCCCGCGUCGCCCGCGUACAACCUCGUCAACCCGGCCGGUGGCGGCGGCGGCGCGUCCGCUUCCGACUCCAUGGAGCUGGACGGGGUGGCGGGCGCGGAGUUCGAGUUCGACAAGGGCCGCGUCACGCCGUGGGAAGGCGAGCGCAUCCACGAGGUCGCCGCCGAGGAGCUCGAGCUCACGCUCGGCGUCGGCGCCAAGUGAGUGAAGCGGCCACGGCCGUCGUCGCGCUCACAGCAAGCUCGGGAUCUUUGAGCUCCCCUACAGCAAUGCCGGGAGUAGGAGACGAUUGCUGUGAGACCGGCAACAAAAAAAAGUGUGUAGUUCGUGCCUUCGUGGUCGCAUGAGAAAUUGUCGACGCAUUCAUUCGUGCUGCGAUUGGAUCGGGCAUAAGUAUUUCGGUGUAGGUGAUGAUUCUGUUGUUUUGAUUCAUGGACUGGUAAAAUGAGGUGAAUCGGAACAGUCGAUCGUCCGUCCGGAUUGAAUUAUUGAUAACGCUGGCUCGUCCUUUGUUAGCGCUUCGAAA